AUGUGCGUAGAAGAAGUCCACAUUUGUUUGUUUACCUCCUUCCGCAACGGACCCUACAGCGCGAGCGGGGAGCGGGGCGUGCAGCAGCAGGAGGCCGGCUCGCAGAUCAACUCCACCCGCUACAAGACCGAGCUGUGCCGGCCCUUCGAGGAGAACGGCUCCUGCAAGUACGGGGAGAAGUGUCAGUUCGCUCACGGCUACCACGAGCUGAGGAGCCUGUCCCGCCACCCGAAGUACAAGACGGAGCCGUGCCGCACCUUCCACACCAUCGGCUUCUGCCCGUACGGGCCCCGGUGUCACUUCAUCCACAACGCCGACGAGCGCCGACCCGCUCCGGCGGCCAACGCCAACAUGCAGCCGGGGGAGCCCCGGUAGACCCGCGAGCUGGGCGGCUACAGCCAGCGGGACAGACCCAAGCUCCACCACAGCCUCAGCUUCUCCGGCUUCUCCACCCACCACGGGCUCGAGUCCCCCUUGCUAGGCAGCCCCACGUCCCGGACCCCGCCGCCACCCCACACCGGCUCCUCCUGCGCCCCCAGCUCCUGUCAUGAUAACAACUUCUGUUAUUUUUCCUGAUCAACAUGACAUUUCAACAAUGAUCUUGCGGAGGAGAACACGCCCGCCGCGACGUCUCAGAACACAAACUCUCAGGUGCUUGUUGCAGAUACAAGACAUUUUUCCGCCCCUCAACAAAUGUACAGUCAAUCAAAAUAUCUCUACCUUUAUAAGUGACCCCCAAGAAUUUAGAAAUAGGAAAGGGGUGGGUUUCCUACAUUUAAACAUAAGAAGUUUGUUGAGCCGUCACAAACUUGAUCACAUUAAUAUUUUAGUAAACCAAGCAAACCCUGAUAUAUUGGUCAUAUCGGAGACAUGGCUACAUAAAGAUAUAGACGACCAAACAGUGUUUAUUCAGGGAUAUAAUAUUUUCAGAUCUGAUAGGGCCAGCAGGGGUGGUGGUGUAGCUGUCUAUGUUAAAAGAACUUAUUCUGCUGCUAUUUUAAACGCUGUAUCAAUCCCAAAAUGCUUUGAAUUAAUUUCCCUAAAAAUUUACCUUGGUCACAAAAAUUC